AUGAAGAUCUCCUGCUUUCUGCUGCUGAUCCUCUCUCUAUCCUGCUUCCAGAACAACCCAGUUGCUGGCCUUGACACAAUAAAAUGUCUCCAAGGAAAAAACAACUGUCACGUGCACAAAUGCCCAUGGUUUUUACUUCCAAUGAGCACCUGUUAUAAAGGAAAAGGCAGCUGUUGCCAAAAACGUCGCUGGUUUGCCAGAAGUAAUGUGAACAAUGUGUAA